AACCAUCUGGCUCAUCUGCUUUUUUUUUAUUCUUUAUUCUUUAAAUCCUUUUCUUUUUUGUGAUCGCAAAGGUCUUUCUUUUUUGCUGAUCUUGGAUCCUUUUUUCUUCUUGUUUCUUUCAGGUUUAUCCAUUUGUUCAUUUUUUUUCUGAUCUGAUCACUACCACCACUACAUUUUUGAGAUGGGUUGCUUCGUCCUAAAAGGCAAAGCGCUUUUCGGUGCGUCGACGCUUUUAGCGGCCAUCGGUUUCUUGCUGUUCGGUUACGAUCAGGGUGUCAUGUCAGGUGUCGUAGCCAAUGAUUUGUUUAAUGAAACCAUGAAUUAUCCCGAUGCGGCUUUGAUGGGCGCCAUUGUCGCACUGUACGAAAUCGGUUGUAUGUUUGGUGCUUUGUCCACCGGUAAAGUCGGUGAUUGGCUCGGUCGUCGUAAGACCAUUCGUUUGGGCUGCACUAUUCUUGUCAUUGGCGCCAUUUUGCAAACCGCUGCUAUCAAUGUGGAAAUGAUGAUCAUUGCUCGUAUUGUUACCGGUGUCGGCAACGGUAUGAACACUGCCACCAUUCCCGUGUACCAGGCCGAGUUGUCGCCUCCCAAAUCCCGUGGCUCUCACGUCGCUUUCGAAGCCUCUUUGCUUACCGUUGGUGUUGGUAUCGCCUAUUGGUUGGAAUACGGUCUGUACUUUGUCCAUGGCGACUUUGCCUGGCGUUUCCCUUUGGCUUUCCAGAUGGUGUUUGCCAUCAUUCUUGGCUUGGCCAGUUUCAUUUUGCCCGAGACACCCCGUUGGUUGCAAGCCCACGGCAUGGAAGACGAAUGUAAAGAAGUGCUUUCCCGUUUAUGGUCCGACUGUGAUGUCAACCAUCCUCGCUGUAUCGCCGAGUGGGAAGAAAUCCGAGAUGGUAUCGAACUGGAACGCCGCGAAGGUGUGGCUUCUUACAAGGAAUUGUUCAAGAAGGGCAAGAUGAACAACCGAUACCGUGUGCUUUUGGGCAUGGGCGGUCAAUUCAUCCAGCAGUUUGGCGGUAUCAAUGUCAUUUCCUACUAUUUGACCGACGUGUUCAAGCAAGCCGGUAUGUCGACGGAAAAAGCCAUGUUGAUGGCUGGUGUCGAUUCCAUCAUCUACUUUCUCGGUGCUGUGACUCCCAUUUUCACCAUUGAUCGCCUGGGUCGUCGCAAGCUCAUGUACUGGGGUCUCAUUGGACAAGCCGUGACCUUGUUAAUCGUCGGUGGUGCUCAGUAUGAAGCGCAGAAUGGCAACCAGACCGCUUCCAACGUCGUGGUGGCCUUUGUCAUGUUGUACAACUUUGUGUUUGGUGCCGCCUGGCUUGGUCUUGCUUGGUUAUAUCCUUCGGAAAUUUUCACCACCGGUUUGCGUGCCAAGGGCAACUCCAUGUCGACCGCCGCCAACUGGCUUGGUAACUUUGUCGUAGCUGAAAUUGCUCCUGUGCUUUUCAAGUACGCCCAGUAUUGGACUUUCCUUAUGUUCGGUAUCCUCAACGUCAUCUUCUUGGUGCCCAUCUAUCUGUGGUACCCCGAAACAAAGGGCAAGUCGUUGGAAGAAAUCGAAGUUUUGUUCGCUACCGAAGAUAUUCAAGCCGAUGCCAAGUCCAUUGCGUCUCACAUUGGAUCCACAUCCAUGUACGACGAAAAGCAAGACAUCGAGUCCGUCAGACAACGUCCUCGCUCUUCUCGCAUGCCCAGCAACUUUUCUGGCAAGGCUCAAGUCGACGACUCUCCCAACCCGGGUUCUGCCGCUGGUCAAGUCAAGCAAGACUACGAUGAAAAGCAAGGUCCCAACUUUAAGUAAAGAAAAAAAAAAAGAACCCACCCUUCAUCCAUCAUUAUUAUUAUUCUUCACUAGUUUUCUGUGGGAUCCAAAGGCUGUGCCUUGUUCUCCUAUUCCGUUAUUUAAGGCAUCUGUAUAUAAUGUCGUAUUUUUUCUAUUUUUUUUUUUCACCACUACACACACGUUGAUCUUUUUCCGCUAAAUACAAAUAAUAAUACAUUCACGUUUCUCAGAAUAUCAAUAAAAAAAAUUGACU